UGUGAUACUAAUGAGCGCAACCGCAUAUUCGAUCGGCUAGUUGAAAAUUCCAACAUGCUCAACAGUUGGUUUGGCGCAGAUAGAUUGCAGAUUUCUACCCUUACAAAUGCUCCAAUUAAUUUUAAGGGCUCUAAUGAAAUAUCAGUCGCCACAAAAUCUUAUGGAUCUAAUAUUGCUCGAUUUCAGCUGCCAGAAACAGUUCAAAUUACAUUAUAUGAUGAUGGAAUCUGUUUGGCUUCGGGUCCUUUUCGACCCUUUAUUGAUCCAUUAACUCUCACUUUUGUUCAGGACAUUUUAGAUGGCUACUAUCCAUCUGAAUUUAAGCAGUCAUAUCCGGAUGGUGUACUUAUCGAAUUUAUUGAUAAGCGUGAUGUAUCUUUUCUGGAAAGCCAUCGACAAGCCACGAAGUCUUUUAAUGGCUCCGGAUAUCUUCUCGGAAGUUGUCAGCAAGGGAAACCCUCUUCAAACCCUCUUUACGAAAGCUCAAUAAAAAGGCAAAUAGUUCCUGUCAAGGAAUAA